UUCACAUCUCAGCUAUCAAAACUGGAAAACAACAUCCCUGGGACAGCUGUAAUUCAGAACAAAAUGCUCCCCACGGACUCGGACAAUGUUCAAAAUACUACAGAUCUGCUGGGAGAGCAUCUGUACGCCAAGGUUGAGGAGUUAUGCCCACAGAACGCCGAACAUGUCACUGGUAUCCUGCUUGAAGCUGGUCACCAAGAGGUGACGCGGAUGUUACAAGAAGAUGCUCUGCUGAGGAGGCGAGUGAAGGGAGCUCAGAGGGUCAUUCACGAGGAAAGCUCUGCUUCCCCGCCAGAGGGUUACUUCCCUGUUCUAGAUGAGAACGAGAAAGAUAACUUAGGAGAGAAACUUUUCUUCAAGGUACAGGAACUUGAUGCUCAACACUGCGCCAAAGUCACAGGGAUGCUGCUGGAACUGGACCCAGACUCGAUUCGGAAUCUUCUCUCCUCACCUCAGGAGUUGAACCAAGCUGUGCAGAAAGCAACAGCAACGCUGCUCAACGAACAUGAUGGCUACCAGGUUCAAAUUGAUGAAGAGAAGCAAGAGUUGGGGGAGGAGUUAUACUCAAAGAUCGAAGACACGCAUCCAGAACUUGCCUCAAAGAUCACAGGUAUGCUUUUAGAAAUGGAAGUUACCCACCUACAGCAUCUUUUGGAUCACCCCUCUAAGCUAAAUGAGAAGGUCCAACAGGCUGUGGAAGCAUUACGGAAGGCAGCAAUUCCUACUCAGUGAGUUUUUGUUUACAUUUAUAAUUUAUUUCUGUGAAUGGGGUGGGUGGCUAACAAAAAUCGAUUUGAACAAUCAGUUUAAAAAUCAGCUUGUAAUAUUUCAGGAUUAAAGAUUUUUGUUAUGCAAGUCACCAGACACACAAAGGCCUGAAGGCCGCUUCAAGGUGUGGGCUACAACUUUAUUUU